CUGGCUUCCUCUUCCAGCCCGGCUCCCACAGCCGCGCAGCGCAGCGCCAGCAUCCCGCACGCCGCGCUCACUGGCCGGGUCUCCUCGCAGCCCACAGGGCACUGGCGUGUCAAGGGCACUGGAAGGGACCGCGCCCUGGAGACUCAGCGUACCCCAAAGCCAAGCGUUGCGAGAAGCUGGGCUCUGGAAAACACGGGAGGAAAAGCAACGGGUUCCGAGUGAGACUUGUGAGCCAGCGGGACGCCCCAGUUCGCCCCAGGCCACGCGACGGCAAGCACCGUGCACAAGGGUCCUCUAUUCAGCCGAAAUGCUGUGGCCAUUAUCUCUAUUCCCACAAAAUGAAACCGGAGAGACUACAUAGCUGAGGAAAUAACAGCCUCCUUACAAAUGAGAAAUAUUCAAUAUUAUACAGUUUCCAACUGAAGGAAAAUAAGCCACAGCUUCUCUGAAGGGUAGACUGGAACCAGGCAACAUGAACAUCACAAACUGCACUACAGAAGCCGGCACGGCAGUGAGGUCCAAGACCAUCACUGAGAAGAUGCUUAUUUGCAUGACUCUGGUGAUCAUCACUACGCUGACCAUGUUGCUGAACUCAGCUGUGAUCAUGGUCAUCUGUACAACCAAGAAGCUCCACCAGCCUGCAAACUACUUGAUCUGUUCUCUGGCCGUGACAGACCUCCUGGUGGCAGUGCUUGUCAUGCCCCUGAGUAUCAUGUACAUUGUCAUGGAGAGCUGGAAGCUUGGGUACUUCAUCUGUGAGGUGUGGCUGAGUGUGGACAUGACCUGCUGCACCUGCUCCAUCCUGCAUCUCUGUGUGAUUGCCCUGGACAGGUACUGGGCCAUCACCAAUGCCAUUGAAUAUGCCAGGAAGAGGACAGCUAAGAGGGCUGGCUUGAUGAUCCUCACUGUCUGGACCAUCUCUAUCUUCAUCUCCAUGCCCCCUUUGUUCUGGAGAAGUCAUCGCCAGCUCAGCCCGCCUCCCAGCCAGUGCACCAUCCAACAUGACCAUGUCAUCUACACCAUAUACUCUACAUUUGGGGCAUUUUAUAUCCCCUUGACUUUGAUACUGAUUCUCUAUUACCGCAUUUACCAUGCAGCCAAGAGUCUUUACCAAAAGAGAGGAUCGAGUCGUCACUUGAGCAACAGAAGCACAGACAGUCAGAAUUCUUUUGCCAGUUGUAAGCUUACACAGACCUUCUGUGUGUCUGACUUCUCCACCUCAGAUCCUACCACAGAGUUUGAAAAGAUCCAUUCCUCCAUCAGGAUCCCUCCCUUUGACAAUGAUCUAGAUCAGCCUGGGGAACGCCAGCAGAUCUCCAGUACCAGAGAACGCAAGGCAGCACGUAUCCUGGGACUGAUUCUAGGUGCAUUCAUCUUGUCCUGGCUGCCCUUCUUCAUCAAAGAAUUGAUUGUAGGUCUGAGCAUCCACACCGUAUCCUCAGAAGUGGCUGAUUUUUUGACAUGGCUUGGCUAUGUUAAUUCUCUGAUCAAUCCUCUGCUCUACACAAGUUUUAAUGAAGACUUUAAGCUGGCUUUUAAAAAGCUCAUCAGGUGCCGAGAGCAUACUUAAAUUGUAAAACACCAAAAAGCAUGACUCUUACUGGAGUCUCAUGAGUCAAUAGGGGUGAAGGAUGUAACUUAUUAAUUCUUGAACACACUUAUUUCAGGAGAGUUUGUAAGUAUGUGUGGUCUUGGAGAGUUUUUUUAUAUUGUUUUGUUUUUCAUUUGUUUUUCUUUUGUUUAUUUCAUUUGAGGGUUUUUUGCUGUGCUGUUUUCUAC